AUGAGGUCGAAGUUGGAAUUCGACCUUUUUGCCGAGAAGCUCACUCCUGAUAAGUCGAGAGUAUCUCCAGGGCGCUCUAGGGCAGCUACAGCGGAGCCCCGUGUGGCAACAUCCACGCCCAAAGCUGUCGCUGCGAAGCCAAUUCUGAAGAGAAAACUGCUGCAAAGCGAAGAACUUCCCCUGGGUUCCAAUGCGCUGUACAAUGCAGCCAGAAAAAAGCAGCAACAAGUCGAGAGACAGAAAAUGAGGCGAGAAGAGAUCAUUUUGAGCUUGAAAGCGAAUAGCGGUUGA